UAGCGAGCGGACGUGAAGGACGUACUCUGUGUAGCGGACAAUUUCAUACGUAACGUAAUAAAACUAGUGUAAGUGUUAGUGAAUUACUAAAUAUAUCAUCAGUGUUUCUCUUCGGAUUUUCAUAUCAGUACUUUAUAAAAUGCCAAGCAGAAAACGGCAGCGAAAGAGUAGAAGAGAGCGUAGUGCAAUAAAAUGAUGUUAAGGGAAUGUGUGACUUAAGUGUGUGUGCAAUGAAAACUAAAAUGGCAUCGACACGUCCGCUGGGCAAAGUAUCCAAUAGAGAUUUGAUAGUUAUAGUUGUACUGUUGUGUCAGGCAAUAGUUUGUGACAGCCAGUGUCCAAAGUUCGCUGAGAGGCCACUUGAGACAAGGCUUCAGGACGCUUCGAUUGUUUUUAGGGCGGUCGUUGUUGAAGCAAAUUUUCACAUAAAAACAUUAGAUUUAGCUUUGGUAUCAAUAUACAGAGGAGGUGUGGAGCUUGCUUCAGUUAGCCAGUACUCUGGUUCGCCGUAUAAUACAACUGACAGGCAAGUGAACCUCAAGAUCAGUCCGCAAAUAUCACCAUGUUUCAACUGGAGUACAGCGACACAGAAGGAGUUGGUGGUGUUUGCACGAGUAAGUGAUCCAGCAGUUGAUCUGGAGACGACACCUCCAGAUGGACCGUGGUUGGAAGCUACGUCUGCUUCUGUGCCUUGGAGCUUAGGUGUCGAUAUUGCUAUAUGGAGUGCAGUUGGCUGGGCAGGUUGGGGUGAAUGGGGAGCUUGCAGUACAACAUGCGGCAAUGGACGGCAAACAAGAAGACGAUAUUGUUCCAAAUCUAACUGCGAGGGUUAUGGUGAAGAAUGGAGAUCAUGUAACUCAUUUGAUUGUGAAGGUACAAUAAACCCUCUCGCACCAGAUGCAAGACGUAAUUUUCACCCAGCACAAGCGCAUUGGGGCCGAGUUUCGGAUCGACCUCACGCCUUUAGUUUGCGACCGAACUCAUACAUUUGGAUCGCGUCUUCUGAACUUUUUCCCGCUGAGAAUACUUUCCCGACCGAGUUCACACUGUUUCUCUCAUUGAGGUUGCGGCCCGAGAGCGGUGGCUACGGUCAAGGAACCCUAAUCUCGCUGCGAUCCCGUCGUCGAUCGGGAUCCUUCCUAUCACUGGAGCUGGCCGGUCGAGGUGCAGCCAGAUUGGUUCAUGCCGGUGGGGGUUCCUCAAGAUCCAUCUACCUUGCUGUACCAUUGUACGACUUCCGAUGGCAUCAUGUUGCUAUAAGUGUACAUGACGACAACACAGUUCGAAUAUACGUCGACUGCCGCUGGCUGCGAACAGAUAUUCUCGAGAAGGACGCGCUCGAUACUCCGAGGGACGCCGAUCUCAUUAUUGGAUAUCUCUUCUCUGGUGACUUGGAGCAGUUGGUUUUAGUGCCAAGAUCUGGCCAAGCCCACAAACAGUGCUCAAGCCAGGUGACGGGUGUCUUCACGCAAUAUGAAAUAAUAAAUAACUAAUUAAUUUGUGAACGUAUUUGUAAAUACAAGCUUUUGAUAAGAUGUUCUUGUAAACAGUAUAUUAUCCAAGUCUUAACAAACUGUUUUUUUUUCAACAACUUAAACGCUGUUUAUAUUACUACGCUAAGGCAUAUUUUUAAUUACUUUAUAUAAUGUUUUUCAUGGAGAUAAUUAAACGAAAUAGUUUUGCAAACAGUUUAAAUCAACCGAAUAUAAAUACCACCAAAGUGUUUUCAAAUAGGUUGGUGCUAUUAACAACAAAAAUUUUCCUUAGGAAGUUUUUUAAAAUAAUUUAUUAAAAUUUAUUGAAUUGAGUUAUUUUGCAGAAAUUCAUAAUUAUUCAAAUGUGAAUUGUGAGUUGUCUUGAGUGUAAAUUCCUCUAAGAUUUGUUUCUAAUCAAUUCGACACGGGUUUCGCCUCUACACGAGGGAUCCUCAGGAGAUGUUGACUCGCCAAAUUCUGGGAUUGGCAAAAAUUUGGGAAUUCAUACUCGAUGAAACUUAAAAUAUUAAUUGGUUGUUUCUCAAUACAAUAAUCAUAGAUGGUAAGCGACCGGUUGGACGUAAGAAGAAUUCUUGGCUACGAAGCAUCUGGGAAUCGACCAAUUUUAUGAUGAUAUGUUUUGCUUGAAUAUGUAGAAGAAAAUUUUCACAUGAGAUUAUCCAAAAAUAUAUUUAUUUAAUUUAUUAAUUAUUUGUAACAUGAAGUAGCAAUAAUUUAAUUUACAUGAUAUGCCUGAAUUAUUGACAGAUUUACAGAUCCAUUGAAGCUGUCUCAAUAUUAUAAGCUGUUAUAAUAUUGCAUUGUAAGCAAAAAACAAACGGAAAUAUAAAUUUAAUGAUGCUUGAAAUAUUAUCUGUCUGUUUUCAGUACCUAUUGAACACAAUUACUGGUAAAAUGUAUUGUUUAAUGAAUCCACACUUCUCAAUGAAACAAAGGGAUACAAAACGGACUUUAACAUGAAGAGUUGUGAAUUACCGAAUAUAAUACGAUAUACUAUUUAAAUACUUUCACAAUUUUUUUAAGUGAUACACUUAUUAUAUCGCCCCAAUUUUCGUCCAUCUAUCGCAUGUCGCGUAACAGCCAGCCGCACAACAGAGUAGGGAUGAAAUAUUAAUUCCAAUUGCUUUCAAGGUCCGUUUUCGACUAGUCUAAGGCCGGUCCUACAUUGGAAGCGGAGUCGGUCGGCCCGACCCGGCCAGACCAUACCAGUCUAGACUCGGCGCUCCUACACUGCAGCUAGACAGGAGCGGACGAACCAGUCAGAAUCCAUUUCCAGAGUCAGUACUAUGUGGAAUCUUGACGUGGAAAGGUGUCGAGUGUGUAAGUCUGAUAUAGACGAAAAACAAAUCUGUUUGGUUGUUUUCAGACCAGUUCAGACUUGUCAGACUCCCCGGAGCGAGCACUGGCUCCGGUUAGUUUCGUUCAGUCCUGACCAGACUGUCUGGUCGGGGGAAAUUCCGCUUCCAAUGUAGGACCAGCCUAAGGCGCCACUACUCUGGUUCCAGAGAGGAAUCGUAGCUUUGAAUCCUCAUCGGACGUUUCAGAUCUCAGUCAGGAUCCCCCUGAAAACGAGAUCUGGAAAGCUCUUGAAACGUCGGGUUUGCUAAAAUAAUAAUAAAAUGUACCUUUUACGCAAAAAUGUAAUGUAAAAAAACAGUUAAAUGCGGUUGAAUCCUUUAAAAGUGUUUUAUUUAAAUUGUAUGCGUAGUAAAGUUCGAUUGUAUUUUGAUCCAUAAUAUAUAUAUUCAUGUGUGUAUAAAGCCCAUUAUUGUUUACAUCACUAACAUUUAAUGUCAUUUGCUGCGUUGCCUCUGUACCCAUAUUCAGUAACGUAUUAACUAUAAAUUAUAAUCAUGAAAAUAUAUUAUUUUCAUUUGAUUACAUCAGCUAUCCUAAACGCAAGAUCAUCAAAUCAGUAGUAAUUACUAGCUACUUCUAGUUUUGUGAUAUCUAAGAGUAGUAUUAAGAUAAUAUAGGCAUUAAUUAGAUGUUAUUUUAUGUGUGUUAACAUUUACAAUGUUUUGUAUAGAAUUAAAUUCCAUUUUUAUGUAAUUACAUUGAUAACCUUCAGGGAUUGUAAAUAGUUCUAUCAAUAGACAUAUUAUAUUGUGU